AUGUCAAAUCAAUCCAACCCCCUUCGUCCUACCUUUGAGGGACUUGUCGCCUCUACAUAUGAUUCACUGGUUUUGUUCGAGGCCUGCUUGUCUGGCCGACUCACCCACGUACCACGUCGCCCUCAUGAUCGGGAGCGCCAGGACCUCAUCAAAAGUGGCAAUGUCUUCAUUUACGAAGAGCACGCUUCAGGCAUCAAACGAUGGACCGACGGUGUAUCUUGGAGUCCCAGUCGAAUUCUCGGCAACUUUCUUAUAUACCGGGAGUUGGAGAAGCCGUUUCCGCCAGGAGAAAAGAAACGAGCCCUUAAAAGAAAGAAGUGUCCUCCAGGAGGCAUCGGAAAGGCGGACUCUACCUCACACCUAAACAUGUCUGGUUUCACUUCACCUGCUGCCAUGGAUGGCGCCAAUAUCAAGGAUACCGAGAGGGCAUUGAUCGGAUCAUUGAUUGAUUCGUACCCUUUCAAGCCCGACGGAUUGGUCAAGAAGACAAUCAGCGUAAACUAUAAUGGCGUUCCUCAUCACCUUGUGAGCUACUACAAGGUUGACGAUGCGGUUGCUGGAAAUCUUAAUACCCCGUCAAGGAGCUACGGUUUUAGUGGCAUCUCACCUCGAAACGAACUCCUAGUGUCCCAGAAUUUUCGUGCUCCCAUUGACGAAGUACAGUAUAGCCCGGACGACGAAGGUGGUGGCCCCUCGGGUCUCAUCGCAACAGUUGUAAAUGCGCCGACUUUUCCUGGUGGCUCACAUGCCCAUAUGCCCAGAGCCAUGUCCAUGGCGGGCUUCCAUGCUCCGGUGCCAGCAGCGUACGGGUCUAUUCCCUACACAUACCAUCCACAACACCAGUACCUGGCGACGAUGAAUUCGCCCAUGCCAGUUCAGAUGCCACAGCCGCUUCCUUCUUCGAUUCAGCCCCCGUUGGGUUCUUCAGCUCCGCAGUCGAUUCCGCCGUCUAUCUCUCCAGCAAUGCCGUCCAGCACAUCUUCAAUGCCAUACACUCCUCAGCCACAUGGUAAUUAUUCUUUGGGCCCUACCAGAGCCUCCCGCUUCAGUGCCAGCACUGGUAUGGAUAGCGAAUUCCCGCGAAGUAUGCCACUACACGAUCCGCCAAGACGGAAUUCGGCAUUCGAACUUGCACAGCCUGCAGAGCUGUCCUCGAUGCAUCUUAGCACAGUCCCCGGAGGCAGACCUCCCCAGAGCGGCAAUACAUAUGUUGGACAGAGUUCGUACUAUGUUCCCCACCGAGCUGGCCAAAUCGCGAGCCAAGAGGGACAGGCUUUCAAUCAGCCACGGCAGACGAAGCAGGAUCCCAAUACAUUGACUGGCGCGGAAGCUGGGACCCAGAACUACAACUUGGACCAGAAUACGAAUGAUUGGGCCCUUGGACAGUCUGACGGCCAAGGCGACCUACAGUAUUUCGGAAAUAAUGCAAGUAAUGGCUCCGAGCAGUGGCCUGGGGGUUCCAAUGAUUUGGGGCGCUCCUGA